AUAUAGAAAGUUGCACCCAAGCAAUUUGACAUCAAACUUCCUAUUUUAUGAAUUUGGCGUUGAUAUAGCUUUGGGGAGAUCGAAUCUUUGCUCCCAAGAACCCCUGCGCACACUUAAUGCGCUGAUGGUCCCGUAGCUCCGAAACAUACCACACACCAUCCUUCUGGCUCUGCUGAAAUUUUCACGCUGCCUACUCCAAGGGCGUGUAAUUGCACCAACUAUAUCACGACACGAUGUAUGCAUAAGCGCCGUCGAACAACUGAGAUCGUUGUCUGAGCAAGUGAACUGCGAACAUGGCACGUCGCAAGGAGGCACCUAUGGUGCGCCGCCGGACGAAAGAGAUCGAUGCACUGAUUGCGCAAAUGAACGCCGUCAGCAUCGAGGAGCAGCCACAGCAGCAAGACAGCGAGAACGAAGGGGAAGUGCGCAAGCCUUUUCGCUUCUUCGACCUGCCGUACGAGCUCCGCCUCCGCGUGUACGAGCUGCUGCUCAUAUCGCCGAAAACGAUGGAUCUCGAUCCUGCAAACCACCGCACCGUCGCGCCAACCCUUCGAAUAUUCUACGUGUGCCGCCGCAUGCACGAUGAAGCCGCGCACGUCUUCUACGGCCGCAACACCUUCCGCCUGUUCCCGAUACAUGGUCGCUACAUCAAUGCGAAGUACCCGUUAUUCGCGCGUGUGCCGCGCAAGUAUCGGGCGCUCAUAACAAGGCUGGAGCUGCGGCUAGGCCCAGGCUUCACACGCCCUCCGAAGGGAUGGGUGGUGGACAGCCGGCUUGGUCUCUCUGCGGUGACGAAAGCAUACAGGCUGAAGAUUUUCGUGGAGAUUGAUCCAGCGUCCAGCGAGAUCUUUGAUGGUUUCAGGACCGGCGAGAAAUCCUUCUACACCGAAUACUGCGUGGGGCUGCUGAGGGCACUACUUGCGCAGAUUCCAGCGGUAGGCGAGGUCGAGCUGGACGCAUACCCCAGUGUGAGUAAGGAUAGCCCCUUAUUGAAGGGCUUGCUGGAAGAGGCGAAGCUCCACCAGAAGAAGAUCACAUGGGGACCAGAGAGGGGGUGGGACACAAUUGUGGAGAAGGAUUUAGUUGGCAUCCUAGAGAAGAUGGGGUUGGGAGGGAUCUGGUCAUAGCAGCUACGAGACAAAUGAUUUACGACACCUCUGUUUCAUUAUACGCUCAUGGUCGUGGUCGAAGGUUCGGAUGUCCGUUUGGCUGCUCGCUCCCAGACCCAAGGCACACCCAAAGCUUGGCAUUCACGUCCGGGCAGCCUGUAGAUCUGGCACGUU